CUUCAUUAAGCUUGCUUCGUCUUCUUCCCCGGUCCUUCUCAGCCUUUUUUUUCUUCGUCUUCCACCAUCCGCUUCCCCCGCGGAAGACCGCUGCGAUCCUCCAUCGCAGGCCGGGACCUUUCUUUUAUUUGUUUCUUCCAGAUUUCGGUCUUGAUUGGCGUUAAGCAAUCUUCAAUAUGGGGACCGGAAAGAAGGAGAAAACCCGCAUUGAGCGGCAGGGCAAGGUCACGGGUGACCCCAAGGUUAAGGGCGAGAACUUCUAUCGCUCGGCCAAGAAGAUCAAGACCCUCAAUAUGUACAAGGAUGGCAAGGCCAUUCGGAACAAAGAGGGCAAGAUUGUCAAGGCCGCCUCGUAUCAGAGCAAGGAGGUCCCAAAAGCUGUCAUCGAGCCGAACAGGAGAUGGUUCACCAACACUAGAGUCAUCUCCCAAGAUACGCUCAAGUCGUUUAGGGAGGCAAUCGCGGAGAAGGAGAAGGACCCGUACUCGGUCUUGCUCAAGAGUAACAAGCUCCCCAUGGGUUUGAUUCGGGAUGGUCCCAGCCUCCAGGAUGGACUCAAGAAGCACCAGGCGAAGAUGACGGUCGAGAGCGAGCCGUUCGCGGAGGUCUUUGGGCCUAAAGCACAGAGGAAACGACCAAAGCUCAGCUUCAACACAGUGGACGAGCUUGCCGGCCACAGCGAGCAAAGCCUCGACUCGUAUCAAACGCGUCUAGAGGAAAUCAAACUGCUCAAUGGCACUGCAGGGUCUUCAGCUGGAGACGGCGAUGCCCUGGUAGAGGAAGACUUUAGUGUCGCGACGGCUAAGGAGGCCAUCUUCAGCAAGGGCCAGUCCAAGCGGAUCUGGAAUGAGCUUUACAAGGUGAUCGACUCAUCAGAUGUGAUCCUCCAUGUAAUAGAUGCCCGGGAUCCGCUUGGGACAAGAUGUCGGCACGUUGAGAAGUAUCUUGCAGCCGAAGCUCCACACAAGCAUCUCGUUUUUGUCCUGAACAAAAUUGACCUUGUCCCGUCCAGCACAGCGGCCGCCUGGAUCCGAGUGCUUCAGAAGGACCACCCCACCUGCGCGAUGAGAUCGAGUAUCAAGAACCCGUUCGGACGUGGUUCGUUGAUCGACCUUCUCAGGCAGUUCAGCAUCCUCCACAAAGAUCGCAAACAAAUCAGUGUCGGCUUGAUUGGUUACCCGAAUGUCGGCAAGUCGAGUAUCAUCAACGCCCUCCGCGGCAAGGCGGUCGCUAAGGUUGCACCCAUUCCCGGUGAAACCAAGGUCUGGCAAUACGUCACACUGAUGAAGAGAAUCUACCUGAUCGACUGUCCAGGUAUUGUGCCACCUAACCAGCACGAUACUCCGCAGGAUCUACUGCUCCGCGGCGUUGUCCGUGUUGAGAACGUUGAGAACCCUGAGCAAUACAUUCCCGCUGUCCUCAAGAAAGUCAAAACACACCACAUGGAGAGGACAUAUGAGCUCAAGGGUUGGAAAGACCACAUAGAGUUCCUCGAGCUCCUGGCCAGGAAAUCCGGCAGGCUGCUCAAAGGCGGCGAACCGGAUGUUGACGGAGUCGCCAAAAUGGUUCUCAACGACUUUAUGCGAGGCAAGAUCCCGUGGUUUACGCCUGCUCCUGCGAUGGAGGAAGGUGACGAGCCUGUCAUCGAAGGCAGGCAAGGCCGCCUUGGCGAAAUGCCACUAAAACGGAAACGCGAAGAAAAUGAAAGUGUCGCGGACACUACGUUGGCUGGCUCAAUCGUAGCAGCCGGCGAGGAAGACGAAGAGUCCGAAGAGGAAGAGGACGACGAUUUCUCAGGCUUCUCAAGUGACAGCGAGUCCGAGCAAGGAGAUGCCCCUGGAGCAACAGCUCAAAAGGACGGUGCGGAAGAUAUGAUACCCCUAGGCGACUCGAGUGAUGGAGAGGAGGAUAAGGAAGGAUCUGAGGAUCAGGGCGGCUCGGAUGGUGGCAGUGAGGAAGUAAACGGCGAAAUCGAGUCUGACGUUGACAUCGAAGGAGCUAGUGACGUCCUACCGUCAGAAGACGAGUCAGAACCACCGGCACCGAAGAAGCGGAAGAAGGCCAGGUAGUUGUCCGGCCGACGGCCGAAAAUACAACUGCGAGGAACUGCGCACAGCCUCGGAACAUCCGUUUCCCGUGCAAUGUUGUGCAAUCCUGUGCCUGAUGCCUCGGUGACACGAUCCAUCAUUUGCUCCCUUAGCCUUGCUCUUCUGGCGCGUUAGGGGCCAUCAAGACGUUCUCUACUUCGGCCGUUGCUCCUUGAGCGAAUCGAACCCAGUGAAGUCUAACAGACCCGUUGCCGAUAUAACCCCCCCCCCCCC